GAAGCAGCACAGUUGAAUAUGAGAACAGCAACGCUUUUCUUAGAAUAGCAACAAGUGAGCAUAGGACAGUAUAUUACGCGUGGUUAUGCUACGGAGAGAAUCCUUGACUUCCAAAGGAUUUUGUGAGAGAAUGCCUUCGUCUCCGGAUCUACAUGACCUCGUGUUCUCCCCCUCUCCUUCCAACUGGUUUCCUGGUUCACCAUGAUGGGCUUCCACCUAGUCUCCAGUCUCACAGUACAACAAAUUUCAGUGGGUUGACACAUGGAGGAUACUGGCUUGUUGAGGUGACCAAUUAAUAAGGCUUCCCCAGAUGUAUACCCCUGCUGUACUGAUGGACGCUGAAAACCGCUCAGGUACAGAGAUAAUAGUCAGGUCUGACGAUACACAAGCUAAUGGGGGUUUCUUACACACACUGGCAAGCCCAGAUCUUUGUCCCCAGGGUCUCACACUCCUCUCUGAGGACAUUGUGUCUCGUCCUGGUGAUGGCAUUAGUGGCGGUGGCAGCCUGCCCUAAAAACUGCCACUGCUCAGAGAGGAAUGGUGUGGUGGUCCAGUGUGUCUCACGGAACCUGGACAAAAUCCCGUCCAAUUUGCCGGAGGACACCGUUGUCCUCCUCCUGUCCUCCAACCGCAUCAGGCACAUCCCCAAACAGGCCUUCAAGGACCUCCGCCGGCUCAGGGAACUCGACCUGUCACGGAACGCCAUCGAAAGCGUGGACGCCGGGGCAUUCCAGGGCAUCGCCGAAGGACUCCGCUCCCUUGACCUCUCCAACAACCAGCUUCGCAGUGUGCCCAAAGACACCUUCUCCAAGUUGGAAGCACGGGUCAGCCUGUCUCACAACCCCUGGCACUGUGAGUGCUCUUUGCAGGAGAUGCUAAGAGACAUGAGGUUGGACCCAGAAACAGUCAACCAGGUCAACUGUCAUACGUCGGUGCAGGAGGAGUACGCUGGCCGACCCAUCAUCCAGAUUCUGGACUCUGGGAUCAACUUCUGUAACUUCCACCACAGGACGACGGACGUAGCCAUGUUUGUGACCAUGUUCGGUUGGUUCGCCAUGGUGAUUGCGUACAUAAUCUAUUACGUCAGGCACAAUCAGGAGGACGCUCGCAGGCACAUGGAGUACCUGAAAUCUCUGCCCAGCACCUCCCAAAUCAGCAAAGACUACGACACUGCCAGCACGGUGCUCUAGGCUGCCAUCGCGUGUGUGUGAAACUGGGUGUUUUAGUGUGCGUGUGUCUGAUCAGGACAAGAAAGUAUGGAUUACAAAACGUGAUGUCAACAAUGGAAUAGAAUAUAUUUUUAAUUUAUAAAAGUGGUACACUAUUUAGAAAUGUAACAAUUUCUAUUAGACAUUUGUGUGUAAUAAUUACUUGAGUAUUUAAGAUAACUGUCAGGAUGAAAAAAAGAAUAUUGAAGGUUUCUUCUUCCCAUUAGUGCAUCUAUUGUCUGAUUUCAUAAGCAUUAUAUGAAUGAAAGUGGUAUGUUCUCCUGGCUAAGAAAUUCAGUCAGUAAUGUCACAUUUAACCAACAUCAACAUGUUUCCAAUGUGAACAUACUGUACACGAAGCUCAUCCUGAUCCAUCCAUCCAAAAAACGUAAUGACACUUUCACUUACUUCCUAAUUCCCAAAUGCCAGUGUAUGUACAUUGUGGGAGAAAUCAGGGAUUUCUUAUGUGUUUAUGUGAAUCACAAUCAAUGGAUCAGUUUGUGCUUUAUUAUCGUUUUGUUAUGUUAAUACUCAUUCAUAGAUGUGUUUUCCUACUGUAAUCACUUGUGUAUCAAUGACAGUCCUGUAUGGAACAGACACUGCACUACCGGUAGUCAGGCCCAAGUUGCAACAGCAGAUGAUGCAUUGUCUACUGAUAAUGGUCAAAAUAAGCACAUAAGAAAUUCCGGAUUUCUCCCACGGCAUCCAUGUAUCCCUGCAUCUUGAAGUGCCUAGAAACAAGACCCUUUAAACCAUGGCACUGUGAACAAUCGGGAAAAUAAAUGUACAGAUCAGUAAAUCAAUUUGAAUAUUUUGCCACAACAUUUGUAAAGGUACAUUAGGUUCUCUGUAGAACUCAUGACUGGUAUCUAAUUGUUAUACAGUAAUUCUCUUUAAUGCUACCAAUGUAACCAGUCCUACUGAGCACUCCUGUAUACACAGUAACUUUAUAGUCAAUAGCAAAAUGUACAUGUAGUGUUUAGGAUGCAUCAAUAUACUUUUGUCUGCUGCAUUUGCGUUCUGUAAUAUUUACAUAACAUUUUACAUUUUAGUGUGUCUGCUCAAAUGGUAGUUUAUGUAAUUAAUGUGUAAGAGUCCCAGACAAAAAUGAAGUUACUGUAAUACUAAACUCUAUUUCAGUGGGAAGUAUGCACUGUAGAGUCUCGAAAUUAUUUGUCAAGGAAGAUUGUCAUGAAAUAAUUAAUUAUGAAGAAAUAAUGAAAUAAGUAAUUUUUUUCUGGAGAUGAAAAAGAGAUUUAAGGCCUCUGAAGGGCAGUUUAUCUACUUAAGCUUCCUGUCCAUUUGUGUCGGUCUGACACUUAUAGCAGACUUAAUGCUGAUGGAGAUGGUAUGUUGGUCUCAUUUCCAUCUACUUAAUGCAAUACUGGGCAGCUCUUUUUGUACCUUUCAUUUCAAUCAGACUGUGGUUCAGAAAUCGUGAUAGAAGAACUUUGGUUAUGAAAGCAUAUGAAACAUCAAGAGGGAGGACAGAGAUUUAUCUAGACCCUUUUUGACCUACUGUAUAGUACUGUUGCACAACUCAGCCCUAAUGCAUGGGUUUAUAAUGAGGUUUUAAAUUUAUCACAAGAAAAUAUAUAUCAUUAUGAAUUAUACAAAAGUGCUUAGGACCAAGAAGUGACUGGGAGUCUCUGGUCUACUGUGCAGUUCUGGAGAGGAUACUGAAAAUAACGUUCUGUGUAUACAUUGUUUAAUCAUAGCUGUUGUCCUUUGUCUUCCCUUUCUUUCAUGGCUUCAUCUUUAACUUUUUAACUUUUUCUACUGGCUGUCUCAGUAAAGUCUAACUUAAAUCAUAGGGUUUUGCUUUGAACAGUUGAUUACAUUUGUUAUUGUUAAACAGUCCUUAUGUUUCCUUCAGUAACACUACACGCCUUUGGAAAAUAAAUUCUCUAA